AUGGGUUUCCUUGACGACGCCGCCUCGGUCAUCUCCGGGCGCACCUCGCACUCGAAGCGGUCCAAAUCCCACCGCAGCAGCCGCCACCACCACAAGGAGCGCUCCCGCAGCCACGAACGCUCGCGCUCGCGGCACCGCUCCUCCCGCUCCAACGUUGGCGCGGGCAGCACCGUCGGCGGCGCCAUCGCCGGCAUCGCAGCCUCCGUCUUCGGCGGCGACGAGGACGACGAGCAAGACGACCACCACCGCAGCAGCCGCCGCCGCAGCCACCACCACCACGAAGCCCGGCGCGGAGGCGACAGCGACGACGACGGCGUCCGCUCGUUUUUCGGUGGCGCGCCCAAUAACUCUAGAGGCUCCUUCUUCAGCAACUUCGGUAUGGCCCUCUUCACAUCUCUCUAA